AUGCAAAGGGGCGCCAGGGACAGGGAAGAAAAAAUGAAGAAUAAGGAGACUCAUGUGGAAAAAGAUCAACUUAACGAUAAUGUGUCAAACGUGAUUAGAGUGGAAGAGGCUGAACGUCUAAGCAGAGAAAUUGUGGAUAAAAGUGAGACCAUUGAGAGUAUAAAAAAACAAAUGCAUAUAUUAGAAAUAAAUUGUAAUGGACAUGAGAUAAAGUUAAGGAACUAUGAGGAAGAUAUUGAAAUAAAGAGGAAGGAAGUGGAAGAUCAGAAUACAAUCAAUAGAGAGUUAGUAAACACAAUCCGGAUAUUUGAAACUGACAAUGCAAUUUAUGAAAAAGAGUUAUAUGAUAUGCGCCAACAGAUAAAUGAAAUGAAAGAAGAAUUGCGGAAAUCUGUAGGUGUCAAGAAUAGGAAUAAUAGCGGUUCUAGUAGUAGGAAAGAUGAGAUAGUUAUAGUGGAAAAUGAGAAUGAUAGUGGUCCUAGUAAUAAGAAAAAUAAGAUAGUUGUAGAAAAUAAGAAUCGUAGUUUGCUUAGUAUAAAAAAAAUAAAAAAUAAGUUAGUUGUUUUCACACAUGAUUUUGGUAAACAUUUGUGGGAAUACUUGAACAGAGUUUUGGGGAAUAGGUUUGUAAUUCAGAUAGUUUCUAAGCCAUUUGCAAGAUUAACGGAUGUUGUUGCUGGUGCCGAAUGCUAUAUUAAAGAUUUGACAAGUGCUGAUUAUGUAAUUCUGGUAGCGGGUGUGAACAAUCUGGAUGUUAGGUGCAGAGAUUACGUCUUGCUUGCAAAUAAAUGCUUUCAAACCAAUUUACUUUUAUGCUCUAUUCCGUAA